UAGCACGAACAGAGGGAGUGGGUUGGAGCUAAAGAAGAACUUGUAAGUUAGUGAUUGGUAACGAAGAUGAACCACAACCCGCAAUCAAGUGAAGGAAGGCACGAUGAUGAUGCUGCUCUCUCUGAUUUCCUCUCUUCCUUAAUGGAUUAUACUCCCACUAUACCUGAUGAAUUGGUGGAGCAUUACUUAGCCAAGAGCGGUUUUCAAUGUCCUGAUGUUCGAUUGACUAGGCUGGUAGCUGUUGCCACUCAGAAGUUUGUUGCUGAAGUUGCAGGAGAUGCACUUCAGCACUGCAAAGCAAGACAGGCAACAAUUCCAAAAGACAAAAGGGACAAACAGCAGAAGGAUAAGCGCCUAGUUUUGACCAUGGAAGACCUAUCAAAGGCAUUGCGAGAGUAUGGCGUGAAUUUAAGGCAUCAAGAAUAUUUUGCUGAUAGCCCUUCUACUGGAUUGGAUCCGGCUACAAGAGAUGAAUGAGUCCUUUUUGUUUAUAUAUGGGUUCAGGCUUCUACAUUCUUGUAUUUAGAGUUACAUGGUUGCUAGUGGAAUGAUUUUUAUGAUAUGAUGCUCAAAUUAUAGCAACCUCUUUUCAACGCCGCCAAAAUACUGCAAUUGUUCGCUACUAACAUUAAAGGUGCUUGAAAUAUCUCGUGACUCUGGUUUGUGGGAGUACUCUAUCAGCAAUGAACUAGUCUACUCUAUCAGCAAGUUCCUUUAUGUCGCCCUUUUUAAAAAAAAACAAUGCCCGUUAGUGUCACGUUUUGAAUUUUCAUAAAAUAUGAGAUUUGAUACAAUGCAUUGGAAAAGGCAUAAAUGCUGAUGGGUUCAUUCAUUUUCAAGUAAUCAUUUCUCAAGAAAACAGAUCAAGGUAUAUCGUGACUUUAUUUGUGAAACACUUGCAAUUAGUUUGCAGCAUUGUUCUCCCAUUUGGUGUUGGUUUGUUAUUUGUUCGCCCUUCGUCCUCCUUAAAAUCAACUCUGAAGACCUUAUUUAUAUAAUAAUAUCGCGAUUGACCU